AUGUCCCUCUCUGUCUUGGACUCACGACAGUCCUUUUUUUGUUCCUCAGUUUCCUUCGAGCAGAUUGGAAUCCUGCACAAAAGAUUCAAGCAGUUGAGCCACAAUGAAGACACGCUGAGGUAGGACUCCCUAAUAAUUUUUGGCAUUCAUAAACUCUGUAAAUGCCCACCCUAACACACACACUUUAUUUUUUACUUGUGCUCUUACUUUGGGGACACACAUGGGUGUAAUCCUGGCAUAAUGAAUUUCUGGUGAAGUGGUUCUUCCCAUUUCUUUUUAAUUCCCACGGGGGGCCAGUAUGAAAAAUGUAUGCACUCACUAAUUGUAAGUCGCUCUGGAUAAGAGUUUCUGCGAUAUACCUAAAAUGUCAAAAAAAUUAACUAGCCUAACAGGUUUUGGUUUGGCUUUUGUUUAGCAACGUGUUAUAAUUGACCAGCUUCCUGGUGCACACCUUUUAAUUAUCUCCUUGUCUUUUCACUUGUAGGAGAGCUGACAUCGACACAAUUCCAGAUCUGGCAUGCAAUCCAAUCCGCACCCAAAUUAUAGAGGCCUUCUUUGACAAAAGGUAGGUUAUCGUGUUCCUGUUAAGUACAAGACUAAGGGCUAAAUUUUAACAAAGCCAACGCAAAGUAAAUCUUUGCGCACUCGCAGUUGAGUGGUGGGUGUGUCAGAAAUAUUUGAGCUAUUUUGACAGCGGGAAUAAUGGGCGUAACACCUGGCGUAAAGAGGCAGGCUUUCUCUGAAUUAAUAUAAGUUGUCGGUGUGACAAGGGCUUGACCACUCACUGGCCAAUGAAAACUUGCUCCGAAGCUUUUUAUGUGGUUGCUUCAAGUUGUAAUAAGAUUAGUCUACCUUCACCAUUGAUAUGGCAAAGAAGAAUUGUAAAGGCAAUAGUUGAUUCUGCACCACGGACAGCGAUAGGAAUUCCAGCAAUUUGACAUUCAGGUCCAACAGAUGGCAGUGGAAGAUGCAUUUUCUUUGUACAAAAAUAAUAAAUGAAAAACAAUAAGCAGACUUUUUAACAAAAUAGCCAUAUUUCAUUCAAUGGGCAUCGUGCAUAAUGAGUCCAAAGUUUCACAGGAGCUGGAUAUAAAUAAUAUCCGUAGCCUAUAAUGAGACUUUAGGGUUUUAAGACACAUUUUGGGGGUUUUUAGACACAAAUGCAGGGCUCAACAUUAAAGCUUGUCCAGUAAAUAAAAAUGUUCGACAAGAAGAAUGUAGAUUUUUAAGUUGUCUGAAUGGACGAGUAAAAAAAAAGAAGAAAAGGGUAUUGACUGUUUUGCUGCUCCCAAAAGUGCUAUUUUAAUAUAACAUUGGUGAUAAGCUAUUCUACUGAUUAGGCUACGCUGUGCUUCCGCUGGCAAAAUCCAUGCCAUAACCAACUGCCUUACCACUAAGACCAGCUUUUGGUUGGUCUUAAAUAUCCCCACUUGCGCUGCCUGAAAUUGGCACUUUGGCGCACGUUUUUAAGGACAUACCUCCGAUAUUUCCACCCCUCACACCUCAGCGCGAGCAUGGUGAUAUAAGACACGUCAAUUACCAAUCCUGGCACAAGGGUUGGAAAAUACCAGCGCGCCGGCUUUAACAAAUCGAAAUUGCUAGCGAGCGUGUGUUUGACAAUUGGGCUGGCUUAACACCAGUCGAAAAUAGAACCGUGAAAGUUAACUGCUCUCAAGAUUCCCCUAGCUAUAACCUACCUACAGUGAGGGAAAAAAGUAUUUGAUCCCCUGCUGAUUUUGUACGUUUGCCCACUGACAAAGAAAUGAUCAGUCUAUCAUUUUAAUGGUAGGUUUAUUUGAACAGUGAGAGACAGAAUAACAACAAAAAAAUCCAGAAAAACACAUGUAAAUUUUUUUAUAAAUUUAUUUGCAUUUUAAUGAGGGAAAUAAGUAUUUGACCCCUCUGCAAAACAUGACUUAGUACUUGGUGGCAAAACCCUUGUUGGCAAUCACAGAGGUCAGACGUUUCUUGUAGUUGGCCACCAGGUUGGAUUUUGUCCCACUCCUCUUUGCAGAUAUUCUCCAAGUCAUUAAGGUUUCGAGGCUGACGUUUGGCAACUCGAACCUUCAGCUCCCUCCACAGAUUUUCUAUGGGAUUAAGGUCUGGAGACUGGCUAGGCCACUCCAGGACCUUAAUGUGCUUCUUCUUGAGCCACUCCUUUGUUGCCUUGGCCGUGUGUUUUGGGUCAUUGUCAUGCUGGAAUUCCCAUCCACGACCCAUUUUCAAUGCCCUGGCUGAGAGAAGGAGGUUCUCAUGACGGUGGGGAUGGUGUUCUUGGGGUCAUAGGCAGCAUUCCUCCUACUCCAAACACGGUGAGUUGAGUUGAUGCCAAAGAGCUCGAUUUUGGUCUCAUCUGACCACAACACUUUCACCCAGUUCUCCUCUGAAUCAUUCAGAUGUUCAUUGGCAAACUUCAGACGAGCCUGUAUAUGUGCUUUCUUGAGCAGGGGGACCUUGCGGGCGUUGCAGGAUUGUGUGUUACCAAUUGUUUUCUUGGUGACUAUGGUCCCAGCUGCCUUGAGAUCAUUUACAAGAUCCUCCCGUGUAGUUCUGGGCUGAUUCCUCACCGUUCUCAUGAUCAUUGCAACUCCACGAGGUGAGAUCUUGCAUGGAGCCCCAGGCCGAGGGAGAUUGACAGUUCUUUUGUUUCUUCCAUUUGCGAAUAAUGGCACCAACUGUUGUCACCUUCUCACCAAGCUGCUUGGCGAUGGUCUUGUAGCCCAUUCCAGCCUUGUGUAGGUCUACAAUCUUGGCCCUGACACCCUUGGAUAGCUCUUUGGUCUUAGCCAUGGUGGAGAGUUUGGAAUCUGAUUGAUUGAUUGCUUCUGUGGACAGGUGUCUUUUAUACAGGUAACAAGGUGAGAUUAGGAGCACUCCCUUUAAGAGUGUGCUCCUAAUCUCAGCUCGUUACCUGUAUAAAAGACACCUGGGAGCCAGAAAUCUUUCUGAUUGAGAGGGGGUCAAAUACUUAUUUCCCUCAUUAAAAUUCAAAUCAAUUUAUAACAUUUUUGACAUGCGUUUGUCUGGAUUUUUUUGUUGUUAUUCUGUCUCUCACUGUUCAAAUAAACCUACCAUUAAAAUUAUAGACUGAUCAUUUCUUUGUCAGUAUGAAUUUCAUUAUUAAGUAGGUUUGGUGGUGCCUCACAGACAUUAGUCAAAUGUCAGCCUCAUCUAGAAACAACCCCUUGUCGUUAGCCCCUACCCCUAGUCGUUAGCCCUAACCUCUAGACGUUAGCCCCUAGCUGUUAGCCCCUACCCCUAUUCGUUAUCCCCUACCUGAUAGCCCCUAGCCGUUAGCCCCUAACCCCUAGCUGUUAGACCCUAGCUGUUAGCCCCUACCCCCUAGCUGUUAGCCCCUACCCCCUAGCUGUUAGCCCCUACCCCCUAGAUGUUAGCCCCUACCCCCUAGAUGUUAGCCCCUACCCCCUAGAUGUUAGCCCCUACCCCCUAGAUGUUAGCCCCUACCCCUAGAUGUUAGCCCCUACCCCCUAGAUGUUAGCCCCUACCCCCUAGAUGUUAGCCCCUACCCCCUAGAUGUUAGCCCCUACCCCCUAGAUGUUAGCCCCUACCCCCUAGAUGUUAGCCCCUACCCCCUAGAUGUUAGCCCCUACCCCCUAGAUGUUAGCCCCUACCCCCUAGAUGUUAGCCCCUACCCCCUAGAUGUUAGCCCCUACCCCCUAGAUGUUAGCCCCUACCCCCUAGAUGUUAGCCCCUACCCCCUAGAUGUUAGCCCCUACCCCCUAGCUGUUAGCCCCUACCCCCUAGAUGUUAGCCCCUACCCCCUAGAUGUUAGCCCCUACCCCCUAGAUGUUAGCCCCUACCCCCUAGCACUUGUGUAGACCGGAAAGGAUUGAAUUUUACGUUUCUUUCCAAAACUGUAUAUAACCAUUUUCAGAAAUCUUGGUAAAUUAGCUUUUAUUGUUUAAAUAAUUCAUGAAAAAGAUUGGUGUGUUUUUUCACUAUCUAAUCAUGGCAUAGGGUUGCUCAUUGACAGGCAUGUAUUUGUUUUGAAUCUAUCACUUGAUGGUUUCAUUUCAGAGAGACAAAUAAUCAUGUUGUUUCUGCAAAACGCUAUACACUCAGUAUACAAAACAUUAACAACACCUGCUCUUUCCAUGACAUAGAUUGACCAGGUGAAAGCUAGGAUCCCUUAUUGAUGUUACUUGCUAAAUCCACUUCAAUCAGUUUAGAUGAAGGGGAGGAGACAGGUUAAAAAUAUAUAUUUUUAAGCCUUGAGACAAUUGAUACAUGGAUUGUGUAUCUGUGCCAUUCAGAGGGUGAAUGGGAAAGACAAAACAUGUAAGUGCCUUUGAACUGGGUAUGGUAGUAGUACUGGUUUGUAUCAAAAACUGCAACGUUGCUGGGUUUUGGUCCACCACCCAAAAUACAUCAAGCCAACUUGACACAGCUGUGGGAAGCAUUGGAGUCAACAUGGGCCAGCAUCCCUGUGGAAUGCUUUGCGGGGGGGGGCAGUUCAAUGUUAGGAAAAUCUUGUUCCAAAAUCAUGAGCAUUAAUAUGGAGUUGGUCCCCCCCCUUUUCUGCUAUAACAGCCUCCAGUCUUCUGGGAAGGCUUUCCACUAGAUGUUGGAACAUUGCUGCGGGGACUUGCUUCCAUUCAGCCACGAGCAUUAGUGAGGUCGGGCAUUGAUGUUGGGCGAUAAAGCCUGGCUCACAGUCGGUAUUCCAAUUAAUCUAAAAAGUGUUAGAUGUGGAUGAGGUCAGGGCUCUGUGCAGGCCAGUCAAGUUCUUCCACACCAAUCUCGACAAACCAUUUCUGUAUGGACCUCGCUUUGUGCACGGGGGUCAUUGUCAUGCUGAAACAGGAAAGGGCCUUCCCCAAACUGUUGCCACAAAGUUGGAAGCACAGAAUCGUCUAGAAUGUCAUUGUAUGCUGUAGCGUUUUUAUUUUCCUUUACUGGAACUAAGGGGCCUAGCCCGAACCAUGAAAAACAGCCCCAGACCAUUAUGCCUCCUCCACCAAACUUUACAGUUGGCACUAUGCAUUCGGGGAGGUAGCGCUCUCCUGGCAUCCGCCAAACCCAGAUUCGUCCGUCGGACUGCCAGAUGGUGAAGUGUGAUUAAUCACUCCAGAGAAUGCAUUUCCACUGCUCCAGAAUCCGAGCUUUACACCACUCCAGCCGACGCUUGGCAUUGCGCAUGGUGAUCUUAGGCUUGUGUGUGGCUGCUCGGCCAUGGAAACCCAUUUCAGGAAGCUCCCGACGAACAGUUCUUGUGUUGACAUUGCUUCCAGGGGCAGUUUAGAACUCUGUAGUGAGCGUUGCAACCGAGGACAGACAAUUUUUACGCGCUGCACGCUUCAGCACUCGGCGGUCCCGUUCUGUGAUCUUGUGUGGCCUAACACUUUGUGGCUGAGCUGUUGUUGCUCCUAGACGUUUCCACUUCACAAUAACAGCUCUCACAGUUGACCGGGGCAGCUCUAGCAGGGCAGAAAUUUGACGAACUGGAAAGGAGGCAUCCUAUGACGGUGCCACGUUGAAAGUCACUGAGCUCUUCAGUAAGGCCAUUAACUGCCAAUGUUUGGCUAUGGAGAUUACAUGGCUGUGUGCUCGAUUUUACAAACCUGUCAGCAACGGGUGUGACUGAAAUAGCCGAAUCCACUAAUUUGAAGGGGUGUCCACAUACUUUUGUAUAUAGUGUAUAUCUGCCGCACUCUGAGAAAUAAAUAGUACUGCUAGGUUUUACACAGUCGAAUGUAACAAUAACUACAUUUUAAAUAAAGAACUGUACAAAUGAUAGAUUUGUGACAUCAAUAUAAAAAAAAAUAAAAAAUACAGUAAUAUGAGAACUGUAUGUAAAACCUUUACAUUUGACAUUUUAGUCAUUUAGCAGAUGCUCUUAUCGAGAGGGACUUAGUUAGUUAGUGCAUUCAUCUUAAGAUAACUAGGUGAGACAACCACAUAUCACAGUCAAAUAUACAGUAUACGAACAUUCCAUUCCAGCUAAACAAUCGAUAUACACUACCGGUCAAAGGUUUUAGAACAACUACUCAUUCAAGGGUUUUUCUUUAUUUUUACUAUUUUCUACAUUGUAGAAUAAUAGUGAAGACAUCAAAACUAUUAAAUAACACAUAUGGAAUCAUGUAGUAUCCAAAAAAGUGUUAAACAAAUCAAAAUAUAUUUUAUAUUUGAGAUUCUUCAAAUAGCCACCCUUUGCCUUGAUGACAGCUUUGCACACUCUUGGCAUUCUCUCAACCAGCUUCACCUGGAAUGCUUGUCCAACAGUCUUGAAGGAGUUCCCACAUAUGCUGAGCACUUUGUUGGCUGCUUUUCCUUCAUUCUGCGGUCCGACUCAUCCCAAACCAUCUCAAUUGGGUUGUGGUCGGGGGAUUGUGGAGGCUAGGUCAUCUGAUGCAGCACUCCAUCACUCUCCUUCUUGGUAAAAUAGCCCUUACACAGCCUGGAGGUGUGUUGGGUCAUUGUCCUGUUGAAAAACAAAUGAUAGUCCCACUAAGCCCAAACCAGAUGGGAUGGCGUAUCGCUGCAGAAUGCUGUGGUAGCCAUGCUGGUUAAGUGUGCCUUGAAUUCUAAAUAAUUCACAGACAGUGUCACCAGCAAAGCACCCCCACCCCAUAACACCACCUCCUCCAUGCUUUACGGUGGGAAAUACACAUGCGGAGAUCAUCCGUUCACCACUUGAUGCGACUGCACUUGAAGAAACUUUCAAAGUUCUUGGAAUUUUCCGUGUUGACUGACCUUCAUGUCUUAAAGUAAUGAUGGACUGUCAUUUCUCUUUGCUUAUUUGAGCUGUUCUUGCCAUAAUAUGGACUUUGUAUUUUACCAAAUAGGGCUAUCUUCUGUAUACCCCCUACCUUGUCACAACACAACUGAUUGGCUCAUACGCAUUAAGAAGGAAAGAAAUUCCACAAAUUAACUUUUAACAAGGCACACGUGUUAUGCAUUCCAAGUGACUACCUCAUGAAGCUGAUUGAGAGAAUGCCAAGAGUGUGCAAAGCUGUCAUCAAGGCAAAGGGUGGCUAUUUGAAGAAUCUCAAAUAUAAAUAUAAUAUUUGUUUAACACUUUUUUGGUUACUACAUGAUUCCAAAUGUGUACAAUGUAGAAAAUAGUAAAAAUAAAGAAAAACCCUUGAAUGAGCAGGUGUUCUAAAACUUUUGACCGGUAGUGUAUAGCAUUUUGAAAAAAAUAACAUUUUAAUGCAUACCUAAAUCUAUGAAUUAAAAUCUGAGAACAGUUAUAUUUCUCACACACACAUGAAUGUAGCCAUAAGCAAUCAUUUCUAGUGAAAAAACACGUGAAAAAUUGAAUGUAGUGUUUUGGAAAUAAACUCUUCAUACGCUAUCAAUAGACGAGGUGGAGCUACUACCAUAUUGCAUACAGUAUCCAUUUCAGUAUCCAUGACGUGCCUAGGACGUAGGCCUAUGCGUUGUGUCUAGAAUGAGCAAUGGUUGGUUACUUUCUAAUGAGCAAAACAGAAAAUCUGCAGUGACCUCAUCUGUCCACAUGAUGGAGAUAUUUAUGUUCCUUGCUCUUAUAUCUCUAUAGAAACUUCCAUCAGAAUGGUGACGGGACAGUCCAAGAGAUCGGCUUUGAGGAGUUCCUUGUGGUCAUGUCCCACUUCAGACCACCAGCACUGAACAUGACAGAGGAACAGAGAGAGAACAUCAGAAGGGAGAAACUCCGCUGUGAGUGCCGUUAUUAAAAUGUUACUGUGUGGCUUGUGUUAAGAUAGAUGUAUUGCAUUACAGUAUAGUAUCACUGCCAAAUGUAACAAUGUGCUGUAAUGGAUACCCAACAUUAAUAAUAUACAAAUUAUUUAUUGUGUGUCCCUUUCGGGAAAUUUGUCUUGCAUCUCAACAAACAACAGCACAGCAUCAUCAAUAGGUGCAUAAAUACAUAUGUAAAUCACAAGCAAUAGCUACAGCUGACAACACAUGUGGAUACAGUUCCUUAUUAGCUUGUGUACUUUCUACAAUGACAUUCAGAACACUGUAUACUGUUUGAUGUGUACUAUGGCUCACACUGUGACUGGAAUCCAUACAUUAAUCAAUUAUCUGUAAACUUUCUGCUGGGAUAGCAGGUACGCAUACAACAGGUCUAUAUCCCAUAUACAUAAUUAGUCUGCAAAUGCAUUACAGUGAUGCCUCAUGACACAUGCAGACCUUUGGUAAGCAAAUAUUUGUAAAGACAGACAGAAAAGAGUUCAAGUUGAACAUUUUCUUAUUUUCUUCCCAGUCCUGUUUAACAUGCACGACACAGACAACGAUGGAACAAUCACUCUGGAGGAGUACCGACAUGUAAGCCACUGCCCAAACCUACCUUUCAAAAUACUCAAAUAAUUUAUCUGCCUAUCACUUUGUAUUGUAACCAUGACUGCCUUGCCUCUGUAUGUACUGUAGGUAGUGGAGGAGCUGCUGUCUCGGAGUGGAGCCCUGGGAAAGGAAACGGCUAAAGGAAUAGCAGAUGCUGCCAUGCUGGAGGUAGCCAGUAUCUCCAUGGGUCACAUGGUACAGCUGCUUUUUGACAACAUCUUGUAAAAUAGUUUUAGAUCUGGAAUCAGCUGCUAUAUGACAUCCAACUAUUAUAAUAGUUUUUUCAAUACUAUAUUCAAUAAUCUCAUUCUUCAUUCUCAGGAACCAGAUGAGUUUUACGAGGGGAUCACUUUUGAACAUUUUCUAAAGGUUUGUUAUAAAACAUAUUAUUUUGUGUCUAAUAAAACAUUUAUUUUGUUGGUUAAAGUCAUGGCUAUAGCGUUUUCUUUUUAAAAGGUUUUUACUAUAAAAGUAAUAAAGUAUAGAUGAUUUAAGUGAGCUUGCUGGAGAGCCCGUUAAAUCAUCUCUGUUCUUUUAAAGGCAUAAUCUGCGCUUCUAACAUCCAUUUUCGACUUUUAAAUUAACGAUAUAUGCCCAUUGAUUAUUGAAGAUUACAGUGGCUUGCGAAAGUAUUCACCCCCCUUGGUAUUUUUCCUAUUUUGUUGCCUUACAACCUGGAAUUAAAAUUGAUUUUUUGGGGGUUUGUAUCAUUUGAUUUACACAACAUGCCUACCACUUUGAAGAUAACAAAUCUUUUUUAUUGUGAAACAAACAAGAAAUAAGACAAAAAAACAGAACUUGAGCGUGCAUAACUAUUCACCCCCCCCCAAAGUCAUUACUUUGUAGAGCCAACUUUUGCAGCAAUUACAGCUGCAAGUCUCUUGGGGUAUGUUUCUAUAAGCUUGGCACAUCUAGCCACUGGGAUUUUUGCCCAUUCUUCAAGGCAAAACUGCUCCUGCUCCUUCAAGUUGGAUGGGUUCCGCUGGUGUACAGCAAUCUUUAAGUCAUACCACAGAUUCUCAAUUGGAUUGAGGUCUGGGCUUUGACUAGGCCAUUCCAAGACAUUUAAGUGUUUCCCCUUAAACCACUCGAGUGUUGCUUUAGCAGUAUGCUUAGGGUCAUUGUCCUGCUGGAAGGUGAACCUCCAUCCCAGUCUCAAAUCUCUGGAAGACUGAAACAGGUUUCCCUGAAGAAUUUCCCUGUAUUUAGCGCCAUCCAUCAUUCCUUCAAUUCUGACCAGUUUCCCAGUCCCUGCCGAUGAAAAACAUCACCACAGCAUGAUGCUGCCACCACCAUGCUUCACUGUGGGGAUGGUGUUCUCGUGGUGAUAAGAGGUGUUGGGUUUGCGCCAGACAUAGUGUUUUCCUUGAUGGCCAAAAGCUCAAUUGUAGUCUCAUCUGAACAGAGUACCUUCUUCCAUAUGUUUGGGGAGUCUCCCACAUGGAUUUUGGCGAACACCAAACGUGUUUGUUUAUCUUUUUCUUAAUCAAUGGCUUUUUUCUGGCCACUCUUCUGUAAAGCCCAGCUCUGUGGAGUGUACGGCUUAAAGUGGUCCUAUCCUCCUUCAGGAUUAUCUUUGGUCUCUUUGUUGCCUCUCUGAUUAAUGCCCUCCUUGCCUGAUCUGUGGGUUUUGGUGGGCGGCCCUCUCUUGGCAAGUUUGUUGUGGUGCCAUAUUCUUUCCAUUUUUUAAUAAUGGAUUUAAUGGUGCACGGUGGGAUGUUCAAAGCUUCUGAUAUUUUUUUUAUAACCCAAUCUGUACUGUACUGCAAUCUAACUAAUUAUGUGACUUCUGAAGGUAAUUGGUUGCACCAGAUCAUAUUUAGGGGCUUCAUAGCAAAGGGGGUGAAUACAUAUGCACCACCACUUUUCCGUUAUUUAUUUUUUAGAAUUUUUUGAAACAAGUUAUUUUUUAAAUUUCACUUCACCAAUUUUGACUAUUUUAAUUACAGUUUGUAAUGCAACAAAAUAGAAAAAACGCCAAGGGGAUGAAUACUUUUGCAAGGCACUGUAUAAACUGGGUGGUUGGAGCCCUGAAUGCUGAUUGGCUGACAGCCGUGGUAUAUCAGACCGUAUACCAUGGGUAUGACAAAACUGUUAUUUUUACUGCUCUAAAUACACUGGUAACCAGUUUAUAAUAGUAAUAAGGCACCUCGGGGUUUGUGGUAUAUUGGCUAUAUACCACGGCUAAGGGCUGUUCUUAAGCACGAUGCAAUGCCAUAUACCACACCCCCUCAGGCCUUAUUGCUUAAAUAUAACUUAUAAAUGCCUCAUGACCUUAGUUCAACUGUCAUACCCCAUUAGAACCCAAAAUAUAAGCUUGUUUUACAAACACUGUCUAGCUUCAUAACAUGGUUAAGACUAUCAUUUUAAUUUCUGGUGGAUGGUCAGUCAUUGCAUCUAAUUUCUAAAGUGGUUACAUUUCUCCAGGCUUAUCUCUCAAACAGCAGAUUGCCCCUUUAACACAUAAACAAUAGCAGCACAAUUGUUCUUGUUAUUAAAGCACACAAUAGUUGAAAGUAUCAUCAGAGUUUAGUAACUAAGUACUAUACUGGUAGUAAAACAACAUUUUAUUUUCAGAUACUGAAAGAUAUCGAGAUCGAGACGAGAAUGAACAUUCGCUUUUUGAAUAUGGACACGACGACCCUGUGC